AACAUAAUAAAGUCUGAAUGCUGACACACACACAUUCACUCAGAGAACACAGAAGCCGUUUCACUCUUCCUCUGCUCCAUUUUCCCCCAUCUGAAGAAACACCUAUAAGUAUCUUGGGAAGUUCUUGGGAUCGUCUGUAGCUGACAAGUUGUUGGAAAGCAAAUAUGUCUCUGCCAUUGUCCUUGCUGAUAUGUCUGUCAGUCUUCCAGCUGUGUUUGGGAGCUCAGCCUGUGGAGGAAGUCAUUACACAAAAAAAAGUGCAUCUUUUAGGGGCUUGGACAGAAAGACUUCCUGAGUCGAAAGAUGUUCAGAAGGCGGCUCAAUAUGCUGUAGAAAUGUUCAACAAAAAUUCAAAGGACGAGGUGUUGUUCAAGCUGGUCUCAAUUAACAGUGCUAAGUCCCAGGUAACCAAUAGGAUCAACUUUAAAAUCGACGCAAUCCUCGGAAGAACCAAAUGUCCUAUGAUGGAAAACCUUGACUUGAAAAGCUGCAUUUUGGAUGAAGAGCAACUACAGUGCCAGUUUGUUGUGACUUUAGACCCCGGCAACGAGGAACAUGAGCUGAAAACCAAGAAAUGCCAUGAAGUUGCAAAGAAGGCUUAAUUCUUUUUUACAGUGUCAAGAUAACCUGAGAUCAUCCCAUUAUUUCCAUGCUGGAGAUUUUAGGUUAACAGUCACAAUACAUUAAGUUACAUUUAUAAUUAAUUACACAAAGUAGCAUCUAUAACUAGGGGUAAAAUCAAACUUCAAUAAAAUCAGUGAGGUUUGUGUGUUUCCUUUGUGUCAUUCAAACUUUACUUUUAAAUUAUAUUUCCGUUUGUAUUUAAUCAAAAGAAAUCAUAGUCAGGCAGAGAGAGAGAGAUAGUUGCCACGCCAUGACACAGGAACAGCAGGCUUUCUGAUAAGAUGAAGAAAGUCUCCAGCCUGAAGAUUUAUAAAAACAAAUGAGACUAUUCCUUAUUUCAAUGUGUAACAUAGUUAAAAUGAUUCAGGUUAAAUCCUGAUAAAAUGCACCAUCUGCUGGUUAAACGGGGUAUUGCAUUCACCCUAGAAAGAGCGGGGUAUUACGGGUAAUCCUCAGAGCCAUGAGGAUCACUGUCGAGGUAACGUGUCUCUGCGAUGUGAUAAAGAAAUAUUAUUUAUAAAAUAUGUGUAUGGUUUUCGUUUUUGCAUAUUAUUGAAAUAUGCUUAAUUCAUGUUAUGCUAGCUUUGCUAUUAUAUUGUUUUUGUUGCGUUAUAGACAUGUUUAGUUCGUGUGAAAGUGUGGCGGGAUUUUCCCACGCGGUAACAUUAUGGCUCCUCCUUGCAGGAGUCUUUCAUGCCAGAGACUGACUUUACCUCGGUGCCCAUGUGUGAAAUGCAGGUAUG